UCGCAAAAAUGGCUUCAUUCAUGAUUGUCGUUGUCAAUUGUUUCCCCUUUGAGCUGAGGGGCAGGAAAGAUUAGGAAAGGAAAGAGGUCCCCAAUCCUUGAGAAUGGCAGAAGAACAAUCGAACGCCUCGUUGGAGUUCACCCCGACAUGGGUGGUCGCGGCUGUCUGCUUCGUGAUCGUGAUGCUGUCACUAAUCGCAGAGCGCGGUCUUCAUAAGCUUGGCAAGUGCCUGAAGAACAACAAGCAAGAUGCGUUGUUCGAAGCCCUCCAAAAGCUAAAAGAAGAGCUGAUGUUGUUGGGGUUCAUAUCGUUGCUGCUAACGGUGUCACAAGGCGCCAUCCGUCACAUUUGCAUACCGCCUAGCCUUGCUUCCACCAUGCUCCCCUGCAAGAGACCGAAGAAAGGUGAAGCCGGCGGCGGACACAACCAACUGUUUCUUGGCUUCGGCGAUCUUUCCCCGAGACGCCAUCUCUUAGCUUCCUCUGAGGGUCCGGACCAUUGCUCCAAGACCGGUAAGGUACCGAUGGUGUCGUUGGAGGCACUGCACCAGCUGCACAUCUUCAUCUUUGUUCUUGCAGUUGUGCAUGUCAUCUUCUGUGUUAGUACCAUGGUUCUUGGAGGUGCAAGGAUUAGGCAGUGGAAGGUUUGGGAGGACUUCAUUAGGCAUGGUGGCAAACCCCAAGGGCGCAGGAGUGGUGCUACUCCAGCUUAUGAUCAUCACCACGGGAGGUUCAUUGAAACACAUGUCACAGGGCGUUGCGGCAAUUCAGGUCCUGUGACUUGGGUGGUGUCGUUCUUCAAGCAAUUUUAUGGCUCCGUAACCAAGUCCGACUACAUUGCGCUUCGACAAGGAUUUAUCACGACUCAUUGUCCAAGCAUGCCCAAUUUCGACUUCCACAAGUACAUGUUGCGGACUCUUGAAAUCGAUUUCAGGAAAAUUGUUGGCAUAAGUUGGUAUCUGUGGCUCUUUGUGGUGAUAUUCUUGUUGCUGAAUGUGGAAGGAUGGCACACCUAUUUUUGGUUGGCGUUUUUGCCAUUGAUUUUGUUGCUACUGGUGGGUGCUAAGCUGGAACACAUAAUGACUCAGUUGGCUCAGGAGGUGGUGGAGAAGAAAGAGCACCACCAUGUCGAAUCAGAGCGAGUGCAGCCUUCAGACAAACACUUCUGGUUCCACCGUCCGGCCAUUGCUCUUCACUUGAUUCACUUCAUCCUCUUCCAGAAUUCGUUCGAGAUUGCAUUCUUCUUCUGGAUUUGGAGCACGUACGGAUUCGACUCGUGCAUCAUGGAGAAGCUUGUUUAUAUUGUGCCAAGGCUCAUCAUGGGUGUGAUCGUUCAAGUCCUGUGCAGUUAUAGUACACUGCCGCUAUAUGCUCUUGUCUCCCAGAUGGGUAGCAGGUUCAAGAAGGGAAUGUUCGAUGACUAUGUGCAGUCAUCGUUGGACGAUUGGCUGUCAUCACUUCGUGCCAAAAGAGAAAACACAGGUGACUCCAGCAGCACCACUAGAGUGGAUCGUUUGGCCGGAGAAAUCGCUGAGCAAGAAAUGGUCACCAUGGCCGGCAGAAUCCCAUCAGCAGCUGUAACUACUGGUACUACUACAAUGAUGCAUCCUUUUGCAGCCCAAACACCUUCACCUACUUCAUCAGUGUGACCCUUUUUUUUCUUACAAUUGCUGUACAUGGAGAUGCAAUAAAAAACCAAAAUCUGC